GCUCCAGUGGCUCCAGUGGCUCCAGUGGCUCCAGUGGCUCCAGUGGUUACCGUCAUUACUUAUUAGUUGAUGUGCGUUAGUCUCAAAGUUUUAAUUCUAUCUUGGUUGUUCAUUGGAUAACUUGGGACAGUUGGGAUAACUGUUGAUGCUGUUGAUAAAUAAAUUAAAACAAUUAAUUGAUACACAAUACACGUGGUUUUGUUUAAGUGGUUUAAAUUAUACAUGUUACUGCUAAAUUUUAAGUGAUUUAUUAUGAAUGAAAAUAAUAUUAUUAGGGAGGUUCUCUCGACAAUCCAAAUAAAUACUAAAAAACCUGAAAAAUUUUUAAGUGUACAAAAUGAUGUUGAGUUAGAAAUAAGAAAUUCACUUAAAAAAUUGUAUGAUUUUACUAAAGUUGAAGCUAAUAAUAAUAAUAAUAAUGCUCUGCCCGAGCUUAUAAUUGAAAAUGUUGACGAAGAACAUAUUUGGCAGCAAUUAGAAUUACAAAAUGAAUCAGUUAUUCCAGAUUUUAUAACAGAUAUUUCUCAUAUAGUUGCAAAAAAUAAUUUAUUUACAUUAUCAAUUACACAAGAAUCAGAAAAUCAACUUGAAGAUAAAAACAACAACAACAAUAAUAAUAAUAAUAAUAAUAAUGAUGAUGAUGAUGAUGAUGAUGAUGAUGAUGAUGAACAAGAGAAAGAAAAAAAAGUUAAUGAUGAAAUGGAAUAUGAACACGAAAUUGAUUCUGAUGGUGAAAUUGACAGUAAAUCAAAAACUAAAAAAAUGAAAUCCAAAAAGAAAAAACCAUCUAUUGUAGAUGAUAAAUUUUUUAAAUUAAAUCAACUUGAUGAAUUUCUUACUAAAGAAGAUAAAAAAGAAUCACAAAAUAAACCUGAUGAUUCAGAUGACUCGAGUGAAGAAUCUAUUAAUUUAUUUGAUAACUAUAUAGGAAAUGAUGAAAAUAAUGACGACGACAAUGAUGAUAAUGAUAAUGAAGAUGGUAGGAUGCUCAAGUAUGCAGAUUUUUUUGAUAGUCCUGAAAGUGCAGAUGAUGAUAAUGAUGAUGACGAUGAUGAUAAUAAUGUCAAUGUCAAUGAUGAUGUUGAAAAUGUCGCUCAAGAUGAAUUAGAAUCAGAUCAUGAUAGCAAUGACAUUAAUAUUGAAAGUAAUGAAAUAAAAAGAAUUAAAAAAAUUGAUGGUAAUAAUAAACGUGUUAAAUUUAAUUUAUCGAAUAAUACAGAUUCUGAUUUCGAUAAUGUUGAUAAUGAUAAUAAAAAAUCAAACGUUGAAGAAGAAACAAUGGAAACAAAAUCAUCAUUUGAGAGUCGUAAAGAACGAGUAGAUAAGAAAAUAAAAGAAUUGGAGACAGCGGCUAUUUCAAAGAAACCCUGGCAAUUGAGAGGUGAAGUAACAGCAACUAGUCGUCCACCUAAUUCAUUAUUGGAAGAAUAUCUUGAAUUUGAUGUAACAUCAAGACCAGCUCCAAUUAUGACAGAAACAACAAAUUUAAAACUUGAAGAAAUAAUAAAACAACGAAUUAAAGAUAAAGCUUGGGAUGACGUUCAACGAAAAAUAAAACCUAUUGAAACUCCGAUGGAAUAUAAAAAAAAAUUGGUUAUGGAUCAGGAAAAAAGUAAAAAGAGUUUAUCUCAAAUUUAUGAAGAUGCUUAUUUGAAGCAAAAACAAACACUUGAUCCUGAUAAUCAAGAGAGGGAAGAAGAAGAAUCUAAAGAAUUUAAAGAAAUUCGUCAAGGCAUACAAUCCUUAAUUAAUAAACUUGAUGCAUUAUCUAACUACCAUUGUACUCCAAAACCGGCUCAACCAGAUAUCAAAAUUAUUAGUAAUUUACCUGCGAUAAAUAUGGAAGAAGUUGCUCCUGUGGCAACUGCAGAUGCUACUCUUUUGGCUCCUGAAGAAGUUCAAAUAAAAAAACGUGGAGACCUCAUAGGUGAGUCGGAGCGUACUGAUACAGAUAAAAAUCGACAGCGAAGAAAGAAAAAGAAAGUUCAAAGAUUAAAACAAAAAGCAAUAGAUAACAAAGAAAAAAAUCUAAUAGAUAAUAAAAAACGAGGUAAAAUAGUUAAAGAUGUGCUUAUUAAAAAAUUGACAAAAGAUCGUAAUAUUGAAACAGUUAAUUCGUCAAAUGUUAAAACUUCAAAAUCAUCCACCGAUUUCUUUGCAAGGUUGCAAGAAAAAUCUAAUGACAAGUCAAUAAAUAAUAAAUUAGAUAAGAAAAAAAGUAAGAAUUCAUCUGCAAUUAAAUACAAAUUGUAAAAUUGUAAAUAAAAAGUAUCAUUUUACAUUAAUAAAAUCUAUUUUCUUU